UGCCCUAUCGUUAAGUUUUUGUUAACUAAAGAAGGAAAUUUCUCUUCCUCCAAUCCUCUUAGAAUCAAACAAGCUAUCAUACUCGAUCAUGGAAAUCAAAAACCAGGAAGAGAAGGAGAAGAAAGAUUCGGUUUCAUCCCAACCUCAGGGGAUUCCAACAAUUCAACUACCAAGCAAUUUACUGAGCAUCAAUGAUUAUGGAAAAUUUGUUUGGGCUUUAUGCUCUUUACCGAUAAAAGCAUCUUUCCUUGAUCAUAUCGGUCCGAUCUAGGAUGAUAUUCUCUACUGGGUUCAAUUCUCUUUGAUCCUAGAACCUGACAGUCAGAUGAAUAGAAUUGUUGCCGGAAACAAGGAAUCGGUUUCAUCCCGAUCGAUUGGGGAACCUGUCAAGGAGAUAAAUAGUGUUAUCCUGGGAAUCCUUAAUGAAGGAUAGGACUUUAUCCCACAAAAACUGGUUUCCCAGAUGUAUGAAAUGACUGACUGUUUUGUGAUACUAAAUCUUAUUUUCCACAGUAUUAAAGUUUCAGAGGUAUUGAAUUUUUAAGCCUCUAUUAUAUUUUGUAGAUGGAUGGAUGCCUGCAAUUGCAAAUAUGGGUGCUUGUUUAAUCUUUUCUCAUUUAUGUGUAAAGACUGUUUUACCUCGGUUGAAGGUAUGGUGCUGCUGGUAAUCAACUGAUAUUGUUUACCUACUUAUUUGCCAGGGGACUCUGAUUCACAUUUCUUCUGUCUUCCCAGCUUGGUCCCUUGGCAGAGCCAUUGGAGUUGAGGCUCAGCAGAAAAAGACCAAUUCCUUUAUUUGACUCGUGUUGGGAUCAAUACCAUGAAUAUAGACAUCACUGAAAUGAGAUCUGCUGCAACCUCUGGCUGCAGAAUCUCCAACCUGGCCAUGUCACCUACCUUGUUUCAGUUCCCGCCAGAGAAGUUGCAAUGUCUAUCUUACCUUUUCUUUUAAUUUCCCUUUUUUCCUAGGGUUUUACAUUGUUGAUGAAAGAACAUUAAACAAAUAAGAAUUUAAAUUAUUAGAAAGUAUUCAUAACUUAACUAAUUCAUGUCUCUGCUCUGUUUUGGUUUCUUGUCAAGAAAAUGAAAAAUUAGAAGCUAGUUGGAUAUCUUAUCACAGGAAAAAUUUUGUAGAUUGAUUGUAUGAGGACAACAUCCUGUUGCAGUUAUUGCUGAGAGGGUGUGUCUUUGGCUGCUGUUUAUAGAGAGGAAUGGGAUCUCCAGCAGAGCAUUACUCAUGGAGAAUUGAAACAAAUGUUCCUCUUGCUCACCCUUUCAAUGUGAG